AUGGCAAGUUUACCACUAAGCAGUGAAUGCUUGGAGGCUUACAAUGCGUUGAAGCUCAAAAAGUCUUUCAAAUAUGUUAUCUACGGGGUGGACUCUACCUUCAAAGAGAUCGUCGUUCUGAAAACCUCAUCAGCAUCCGACUACGAUGAGUUCAUGGCUGAUCUUCCAGAUGACGAGUGCAGAUGGGCAGUCUACGAUUUUGCGUACAAAAGGUCGGAUGGCAGCGAGAGAAACAAGCUAGUCUUUAUCUCAUGGCAUGUUACCAGACUGCGCAAAGAUCAGGCACAAGAUGAUAUAUUCGUCGUCCAAGGAUACGCUCCGGAAAGCACUAACCGGUGUAGCAGUUGA